AUGACUACGAGGCUGCUGUCCUCGCGCCUCGCCUCUUCUGUCCCGAAAGCUGGCAGGCAGAGACUACCACCAGAUGUAGCCCGCUCAAUACCCGGCGGCGCUCGUGCUGGCCGCCGACUCCUCUCCUACACGACUCUCACAAACAGCGUCAGGCCGGCAGCACGAACCGCGCAGCGAAGAUGGCCGCUUGGAACGAACGCGAUCCACAACCUCCCAGCUGUCAGGCAUGCCUCGUUCGCGCGGGUCAUACCGCAGUUGGCGAUGAAGCUCAUCCGUGUACCUGCGGUGAUGGGCGCCGUGAUGCUGGGUGGGGUGGCGUAUAUCCAGUACCAAGCUGGAAAGGCAGGAACGUGGGCACUGGAUACGUUUGGCAAGGCGAGAGACACAGCAAAUGCUACGGCUACUGGGGUGAUGGAAGGCGCGGGUGGGAUCUUCGAGCAGAUGAGUAGGGGUUGGGAUAAGACCAAGGAGGAUGUGAGUGGAGUGCAGAUGCCACAGUGGAUGAAAGAUACCUACGAGGGCAGGGCGAGGAAAGAGGGUGGUGGGGACGGACAGGGCGGCGGUGGCGGGCCGAAUGAGCCUAAGCAGAGCAAUGUCGGUGCUGCUGGGGCUGGAGCUGGAGCGGCAACUGCAACGGCGUUCGCGAUGGAUGCAGAUGGCGAGGAGGAUCAGCGCAGUGAGGAUACGGCUGCGAGGGAUGAGCAGAUGAUGAUGCUUACGCGGAAGAUGAUUGAGAUACGGUCACUUCUACAGACUAUCGGGCAGUCGGAGACUCUAACUCUACCCUCGAUCGUUGUGGUGGGAUCUCAGUCGUCAGGCAAAUCCUCGGUCCUUGAAGCCAUUGUUGGACACGAGUUUCUGCCCAAAGGCUCCAAUAUGGUCACCCGCCGCCCCAUCGAGCUUACGCUGGUCAACACACCAAAGUCGCAUGCCGAGUAUGGCGAGUUUCCAGCACUUGGUCUGGGCAAGAUUACAGACUUCAGCCAGAUACAGAAGACACUCACAGACCUCAAUCUCGCAGUGCCGGAGAAGGACUGCGUCAGCGAUGAUCCGAUCCAGCUUCGAAUCAGCAGUCCCAAUGUGCCCGACCUCAGCCUUAUCGAUUUGCCAGGCUACAUUCAGGUUGAGGCAUUCGACCAACCUACAGAGCUGAAGGUCAAGAUACAGGAGCUUUGCGAGAAGUACAUUCAACCGCCUAAUGUCAUCCUCGCCAUUUCCGCAGCGGACGUGGAUCUUGCGAACUCGACUGCGCUUCGUGCGUCACGCAGAGUAGACCCUCGAGGAGAGCGGACUAUUGGUGUAGUCACGAAGAUGGAUCUGGUGGACCCGCAACGAGGUGCAUCCAUUCUGGCGGAUAAGAACUAUCCACUUCGCCUAGGAUAUGUGGGAGUCGUCUGCAAGAUACCGCAGGAGUCAAGAUCGCUGUUCAAGCGUGGAUCUGCCAACAUUCUCAAUGCAAUCACGAAGAAUGAAUCUGCAUAUUUCAAUGCGCAUCCAGACGCCUAUGGAGAGCGGUCGCGCGUGCUCACUGGUACGCCGAACUUGCGGAAGAAGCUUAUGCAUGUUCUUGAGUCUACGAUGUCUGCCUCGCUAGCAUCGACGAGUGAAGCGAUACAGCACGAGCUUGCGGAGGCGACGUAUGAGUUCAAAGUGCAGUACAACGAGCGACCUUUGUCUGCCGAGAGCUACUUGGCGGAGAGUCUGGAUGCUUUCAAGCACUCGUUCAAGGGCUUCUCCGACAGCUUUGGCCGAAAGGAUGUACGAGAGAUUGUGAAGCGCGAGCUUGACCAGCAGGUAUUGAACCUGCUUGCACAACGCUAUUGGAACAAGCCGGUCGAGUCGUUACAACCCAAGGAUGAGCUGCAAGAGGGUGUCCACGAGCCCUUGGAGUCGCUGCCAAAAGCAGAACCUGAGAACAUGCCACUCUGGAAUCUGAAGCUCGACGCCAGUACUUCGACUUUGACCAAGCUCGGGAUCGGACGUCUCGCGACUGGUGUCGCAGCGCAGGCGGUGCAGGAGAAUGUGCAGGGCUUGGUCAGCAACAGCACCUUCAACGCACAUCCCUUUGCGGUGAAGGCAAUCACCGAAGCUUCUGAGAACAUCCUCCGCGACCUCAGCUUUGAGACUUCCGACGAGCUCGAAAUCUGCGUCAAGCCCUACAAAUACCGCGUCGAAGUCGACGACGCCGAGUGGAAGCGCGGCAGAGAUAACAUCUCUGAAGUGCUAAAGCACGAGCUCAAAGACUGCGAGAGCGCGAUGAAAGUCGUCGAAGAGCAGAUUGGAGGCAGGAGAAAGGCCAAGGACGUCAUCACCUUCAUCGACAAGGUCCGUAAUGGCGACGUCGUUCUCGAGAAUGGCAGCGUUGGAGGAGCUGGCGGCUUCUCGGCUGCUUUGCUCAAGAAAGGCCGUGAAGCGCUCUUCCUCCGCGACCGCUCCGAUAUCCUUCGCAUGCGUCUUGCCGCGAUCAAGAGCAGACAAUGCGCCAACCCGAAGAACAAGUAUCACUGUCCGGAAGUCUUCCUAGACGCUGUUGCGGACAAACUCACCACCACCGCCGACUUGUUCUUGGAUGCGGAGUUGCUGAGCAAGUACUACUACCAGUUCCCGAGACGGCUGGAGCAGGAAUUCAGAAGCCUUGACGAAUCGACUGUCGAGCGCUUUGCGCGUGAAGAUCCGAAGAUUAGAAGACACUUGGAUCUUGUAAGGAGGAAGGAAGGGUUGGAGCAUGUCUUGAAGGAGAUGGAGAGUCUGAGGCAUCUUGAGGCGAGGGAGAAGAGGCAGGCUGGCAGAGGGGAGGAGAGCAAGAAGAGACGGGGCUGGGGCUUGUUCUGA